UACAUUUGUUCAAAUGGAAGAAGGUGUUCGUUUCCAUAAGGGAUCAUUACUGGCGAAGAGCACUGAAUCGUCAGAUUAUGAAGGGAACGAGAGAUUGCACAGAAAAACUUCGGGAGGAACAUUAUUAUCGAUCGACAUACCUUCAACAAGUCCGCGUAAUGCCUCACCACGAUUUCUGUCUCCCACCAGUAAUGGAAAGCCUUUGGUUGAUAUUAACAUGAAAACAGAAUCACAGCAUACACUAGAAUUAAGAAAUGCGAAUUUCCAACCAUUAUUGAGCUUCGUUCCUGGGGAACAAAUUUUGAAGUCACCUCGUUCGAAUAAGAUCGAGAACUCGGACAACUCGGAAGAUACGGAGCUUACGGGAGACGAAAGUGACGAUUAA